AUUUCAUUAUCAAACUACAUAGUUCCAAAUCAUCGUUAGAAGUGAAACAACAGUUGAUUGAGGAGCUGAUUUACAAAUGCAGCUGACUACAAGGCUUCUGAUUCUGUUCGUCUGCAGCCAUUGCGUUUUGGCUGUAGAAGAGAACUGGGACAGUAUCGACCAGAGAACCGUGCCCGAAUGGUACGACAAAGCCAAGGUGGGAAUUUUCAUCCAUUGGGGCCUGUUUUCUGUGCCUGGAUACAGCAACGAGUGGGUCUGGCACGAAUGGAAAUCAGACAAAAAUGCCGACGUGGUUGAUUUCAUUGAGAAAAACUAUCCGCCCGGAUUCACGUACCAGGAGUUUGCCAAUCAGUUCACUGGUGAGUUCUUCAACGCCACUGAAUGGGCGAAUUUGUUCCAAAGAGCUGGAGCGAAGUAUGUGGUGUUGACCAGCAAGCAUCAUGAAGGCUUCACCUUGUGGCCCUCCAAGUACACCUACUCCUUUAACUCAGUGGAUAUGGGCCCCCAUCGGGACAUAGUUAAGGAGGUAGGCGAAGCAGUUAGGGAGGCUGGGAUGAGGUAUGGGCUGUACCACUCUUUACUCGAGUGGUACCAUCCUCAAUACAUUGCUGAUCAAUCCGAGGGCACCACAGAGUUCGUGGAUAACAAAAUAUACCCCGAGUUGAUCGAAUUAGUAAACACCUACAAGCCUGACCUCAUUUGGUCUGAUGGCGACUGGGAAAUGUCCGAUUCCUACUGGAAAUCAACCAAGUUCCUUGCAUGGCUCUUCAACGAGAGUCCAGUCAAAGACACCGUCUUAACGAACGACCGAUGGGGAAUCGGAGCCACUUGCGCUCAUGGAGAUAUCCAUACUUGCGAGGACCGUUACAAUCCCGGAUACCUUCUGGAUCACAAAUGGGAAAAUGCCAUGACCAUCGACUGGAACUCUUGGGGGUAUCGAAGAAACUCGAACAUUGGAGAAUAUGCGACCACCAAGCAACUGAUCGACCUUCUAGUCGAGACUGUGAGCUGCGGAGGAAACAUCCUCAUCAAUGUAGGUCCAACCAAAGAAGGCCACAUAGAUCCUAUCUACCAAGAGCGCCUGCUGGGUUUAGGUGAGUGGCUCUCCAUUAACGGCGAAGCCAUUUAUGAGUCCAGCCCCUGGACUGAACACCAAAAGGACACAAUCACAAGCGGAGUUUGGUACACUCAAAGAGAUGGAGCUACGUAUGCCUCAGUUCUCAGUUGGCCGGAAAACAACGUGCUUCGAUUGGGCGCUGUUUCGCAAUUGUUCAAUGACGCCACUCAAGUGAUUAUUUUGGAUAGUUAUCAGGAAUUGGUGUGGUUUGAAGAGGAUGGCGUUGUUUCAGUCCAAUUCCCCGAUAAGGCCACUGUAUACACUAAUGAUGUUUGGGUUAUCAAAAUCAAGUAACAUGGCCAAUUAAUGUAAACUCAGUUGAUUGUAUGCUGUAAUAAAAUCAUUGUUAGCAAUGUU